AUCUGCGUUUAUCAGCCAGAUUUCGCAGUUGGGAGAACUAAACCAGAUGUAAGUCCCUGUUUAAAUACUGAAACCUUUCCCUGGUUUAUGUGUCUUAAGAAUUGUAAAGGCAGUGACCUAAUAUGUUCCUCAUUGCAUAAUCUAAGCGGCGCAAACAGGAAUUUGAGGGAAACACCUGAUUUUUUUUUUUUAGACGUGGGCUUAGGUAUUCUAAAACCCAAAAAGCAAAACAAACUUCCACAAAGCUUAGAGAAGUAAAACGGUGCAAAAAUAGGAGAAAGUUGUCUUCAGCUGUUCCUUCAGAUCUCUUGUACGCAGGCGUAGGACUGAAAAGUGAAAACCAUCCUCUAACGCCCCAAGCAGGUGAAACUAUUGGGUAGCCUGAAAUGGAACAUUUUGAUUGGCUAAGAAUACAUUUACUCUGCUAGCCACUAAGGAAGUAUGAGCCGACACUUUAUCUAUGUGGACUCCACCCCCCUAUGACGACAUUGUUGAAAAUUAACCAAUAAAAAUGCAGGCGUGUGCGAGCCUUCAUUUGCAUACAGGCUCUAUAAGUAGCGCGUAACCAAGCACUUCGGAAAUAGUCCGGAUCGUUCUUGGCGUGUGGCGUUUCUUCUUGUAAAAAUGCCUGAUCCAGCAAAGUCGGCUCCUGCUCCCAAGAAAGGCUCCAAGAAAGCUGUUACCAAAGUGCAGAAGAAGGACGGCAAGAAGCGCAAGCGCAGCCGUAAGGAGAGCUAUUCUGUUUACGUGUAUAAAGUGUUGAAGCAGGUGCACCCGGACACCGGCAUCUCGUCCAAGGCCAUGGGCAUCAUGAACUCUUUCGUCAACGACAUCUUCGAGCGCAUUGCCGGCGAAGCCUCCCGCCUGGCGCAUUACAACAAGCGCUCCACCAUCACGUCGCGGGAAAUUCAGACGGCAGUGCGCCUGCUGCUGCCCGGCGAGCUGGCCAAGCACGCCGUGUCCGAGGGCACCAAGGCGGUCACCAAGUACACCAGCUCGAAUUCUUCUCUUUCAGGCCUUUUUCUGCCCUUUCAGAAGAAAUGGUCUUCAAAGUCACAGCCAGACUCCAGAGCUGAUUCCCCAGAGAUCAUGCCAUGGCCUCCUCAAAAUUAUCUCCUAACGGAGAACCACAUUUGGAGAAUUUAUUUUUUCAGAAUGUGUAAACCAAUUAUUUUGAGUCUUUCUUAGAGAUAUUCUGUCUCCAUUAACUCGCUCAUCGUGUUUGGGAAACUUCCCCUUUAACACAUGGUCUCUCUUCACAAUUUAUUCU